UCAGUCACAGUCUCAGUACGACGAGCGCGAGUCGUUCUAAAACAAUAGAAGCUCGCGCGAAAGUAGCCCGCUGGAUUUACGAAGGCGUUUGGCGUUUGUUUCGAGCCGUUGCGUUUUUGUUUUUAGUUUGGUUUUCGGCGAGGAACGCGAAGUUGGCCGUGCGCGAUCGGGAGAAUUUGUUUUGGGCGUUUGUCGUCGAAAAUCCGGAGUUAUUAUACGAGAUAUUGUGCGAAAAAUCGAAGAAAUUAAGUAUAUAUAGUUUGUUUAGAGCUUUUUUAGUGUUUUUUGAGGAUUAGUGUGCUGCUGUUAGUGUGAAUAUUAAAAUAUAGAAAUAUCCAACGAAAUAUAAUUAAAGAAAAGUUUGCGUGAAAAUGAAGAAUAAAAGUAAAAGGAACUCGUUGAAAAUAGACGGUAAAGUGGCGUCGGAUCAGUUGAUUUUGUCGGAAAAAUCGGGCGCGGUGGAAAGCAAACCGCCGCCACUGGACAAGAAGAAGCUGCUGAGGUUGGAAAAGGAAAGGCUGAGAGCUGAGAAAAAGUUCCAGGAGAAAAUCAAGAAAGGCAAAACUUACUGCCAGGCCUGCAAGAAGAAAUGCUCCGGCGAGGUACUCAGAGUCCAGGACAAGUACUUCCACACUAGCUGCUUCAAGUGCAAGGCUUGCGGUUCGUCUCUAGCCCAAGGCGGGUUUUUCAGCAAGGAAUCGGCGUACUAUUGUACAGCGGAUUACCAGAGGAAUUUUGGUACGAGAUGUGCCGAAUGUGGAGACUACGUAGAAGGAGAGGUUGUCACUGCCUUAGGAAAAACCUACCAUCAGAAAUGUUUCACGUGUGCCCGCUGCAGACAAGCAUUCCCCUCUGGAGAGAAAGUGACGUAUACUGGAAAGGAGGUGCUCUGCCAGAAAUGCGUACAAAUACCUAUUAGAAAUGCCACGCCAAAAACCAGUCCAUCUGCCACUAGUCCCAGUCCAAAUGAAUGCGCGGGGUGUAGGGAGGACCUUAAGGAAGGGCAGGUUUUGGUGGCCUUAGACAAGAGCUGGCACAUUUGGUGCUUCAAGUGUCACUCGUGCAGUACGGUGUUGCACGGGGAAUACAUGGGCAAGGACGGGGUACCGUACUGCGAGAGGGACUACCAGAAGCAGUUCGGGGUGAAGUGUGCCUAUUGCAACCGGUAUAUCAGCGGGAAAGUACUCCAGGCUGGCGAUAAUCACCAUUUCCACCCGACGUGCGCUAGGUGUUCCAAAUGCGGUGACCCUUUUGGUGAUGGCGAAGAAAUGUACCUUCAGGGAGGUGCGGUGUGGCAUCCUCGAUGCGGUCCUGGACCUCAAACUGAGGACGGAAGAAUACUGAAUGGUUCAGAAGGACAGAACGGGAACAUCACUGACACAGAUGUCAGCACUAGGGAGUUCGACAGACAUAGUACCAGUGGUGCUAGCGAGUUACAGUUUUCAAUGAGAUCACGUACCCCUAGUUUAAAUGGCUCGUUAUAUAGUCCCACAAGCAUGCAUAGGAAGCACUAUACUCACAGUACCUAUAGAACUCCAUCGCCAGGUUUAAUAUUGAGGGAAUACAACAAAUCUGGAACUUUAGCUGACGAUAUUUCAAGAAUAUACACUUACAGUUACUUGACAGAAGAACCAACUCAGGGUUACUUGAGGAGACCCAUCGAUCCAUACGAUAAACCACCAACAUCACCACAUUUCCACAGGCCUAGCUCCCAAAAUUCAUUCAGAUCAUCAACCGGUGCGGGUGGUAAGAGGUAUGGAUCACGGUCAGCCAUGAAAGUCUUGGUAGACUCGAUCCGUAGCGAGACACCCAGACCAAAAUCGCCUCACAUGAAUAACGAGGAACCCAUAGAACUCAGCCAUUAUCCAGCUGCCAAGCCUCCACAACCUGGGGAACCACCCAAAAUUGAAAGAGAUGAUUUUCCAGCACCUCCUUAUCCAUACACUGAUCCAGAACGUAGAAAGAGAUGGUCAGACUCGUACAAAGGCGUGGGAGAAUCUGGAGACGAAGACGAAGUAGAUGGACUCACGGAAAAGGAAAUCGACGACAAAAAAUUAAAGAAGGAAGAACAAGAACUUAGUAAAAUUGCUAGCGGUAUCGGGAAAGUGUUUUUGAAGAACGUCAAGGAGAGAGAAAAGAUCAAGCAGUGGAAAGCAGCCCAUUUAGAUCCCAGAAAUGCAUCAAGGACUCCUUCAGCCAAUAAGGAACCAACCUACAGAUUGCGCUACGACAACCCCAUCGGUGCCAGCCCAUCCAGGAACCUAGACCACCCCAGACCAUUCGAGGAAGACGAUUUUGACAGAUCGUUGAGCUGUAGAUCAUCUUCCAUGAGUAGACCCAGUGGUUGGAACUAUAACGUUGUUAGUGCGCUGAGACAUGUCCCAAAACCCGGAUAUGGUCUGGCUCCCCGCUCUCAUACUUUCUCGUCGUCGGCGGGUAGUUACCCUCACAUUCCUGGUGACUAUUCGUUUAGCGGGAUGGGUGUUAAAACCCACAGUACCGACUUCAGUUGCGGAAAAUCAGACAUUUCAACUGGAUCAAUCACGGAUGUCGAGACGCGUAUGCACUCGGAACUGGGACCAGUGUCGUACGCGGUGGGCCGGUACGGAACGGGGACCAGCGUCGGGUACGGCUCACAGAUGAGGCGCAGCCUGCCCAACAUGGCUCAUCAGAUGCUCAUCAGCGAGCCGGCCAAGAUCUACCCCUACCACCUGUUGGUCAUCACUAAUUAUCGCUUGCCCGCCGACGUGGACAGGCUCAACCUAGAGCGCCAUCUGUCUGACCAGGAAUUCGAGGCGAUCUUCCAGGUACCCAGGACGGACUUCUAUCGCUUGCCCCAGUGGCGUAGGAACGAGCUGAAACGUCGGGCACGACUCUUUUAAACUGUUCAGACCAAUCAGACCGUACGCCUCUGCCUAGAACUCUUUAGAUACCAUUUUACAUGUGGUUCUCUCCAAGAAAAAUGCUGCUACACACGCUACCAUAAUGGACUUGAAAAAAGCUUUCAGAUCCUUCACUGUACUCGCGCAGCUUCAACUAAGUGUAGACGCAGCCUAUUAUAUUGACCUUGAGGAAUGUCAGUUCUUAGAGCUGUUUCACAUGGAACGGAUUGUCCGUCCGGUUGAUUUUGUCCGACGGUUAUUCGUCGAACCCUUGCUUCAUACUAACCAAUAGAAGUAGUUUUUUUGCAUAAAUCAAUUUAGCAUCUGACUAUUCCCGCCUUUACUUAUAAAUUUAAAUUUAAUCUCUGACAUAUUUAAACAAAAACAAGAAACGGAUAGAUAUGAUGAAUAUCUAAAAUAACAGGUUGAAAUAAUGCCAUUACCAAUAAAAAAAUAAUUUAUUAUACGUUAUUAAUAUUUAGAGUUUAAAAUAGUGCGCGAGCAGGUGAUAGCCUUCAGCGAUGAAGUACGUGCGCACGAAAAUCCUAUCGAACGAAUAGGAUAGACUUAUGCAAAAUUGAUAUUCCUAUUUCUUUUCUCUGGUUUCACUCUCCACUCAUUGUGUAAAUGCGGUAUAACAAUAUAUUAUAUUUAAAAAAACACACGAUGGCCCGCUCCAUGUGAAACAGCACUUAGUUCUGUGCUAGAACUGGAAAGGGAUAUGUGCACGCAGAUAAUAUAUUUUAUUGUUUUCUAAAGGCGGCUUUACAAUAAUAUUCAAAAUGACGUGAAAAAAAAGGUACACACUUUAAGAAUGUUUCAAAAUGUCUUGCCAUAAAAAAGGACGUCGAAUGUGGUGAAGUAUCAUGUGUUUUAUAUUAUAAUACAUAAAAUUUCGAUAUUUAUUUGUUAAAAAAAUCUAUAUUAUGUACCUUUACAAAGAAAGAUUGAAUAUUAUCUAUGAUCAAGUACAAGAUCCUUUAGAUAUAAUAAUGAAAUUUAUACAAUAUACAAAA